AGCCAACUCGAAGAACAGACUUUAAGAAUUGCGAAAGUUGCCGUGUUUACCUUUCAUGAUCAUAAGCUAAAGCUUCAAAUGUAGGGAAUUAUCUGCCUGGUGAUUUUUUCACGCUAGUAACUUUUUUCUCAGCAUCUUAAGAGUGAAGUAAAUCCUGCAUCCAUGCCUAGAGAUCUCAUCUGAGAUGGCGUCGUCAGAAAACGAAACUAUCUCUUUGGAUCAUAUCCAUCGAGAACCUGCAAAUCCUGGAGAACAACUCUCCAUUACGGGAAGCAGAGAUCUAUUGACAGCUGCCAUUCGUCCGCCUAGAUCCCGCCGAAGAGUUAUUGUCAUUCUUGUUGCUAUUGCAGUGGCAAUCGUCGCGGCAGUGUUCAUUGGAAAACAAGUUUCGAAAUACGUUAGUGAUAAUAGGAAAGAUGUCAAUGAGUGCAACGAUGGCGGCCGUGGUUGUGGCACGAAGGUAAAUUGUACCAACUCUAAUGGCUCGCAAAACUGUACCUGUAAGGAAGGAUACACUGGAGACGGACAAUCUUGUCAAGAUGUCAAUGAGUGUAGCGAUGGCAACCAUGUUUGCCAUGUUAAUUCCAACUGUAACAACACAAAUGGUUCUCAUAUUUGUACUUGCAAGGAAGGAUACACUGGAGAUGGACAGUUAUGUCAAGAUAUCGAUGAAUGCAGCAAUGGAAGCCAUGAUUGUGACGUAAAUGCGAAUUGUACAAACACUAAUGGCUCAUAUAGCUGCACCUGUAAGGAAGGAUACACUGGAAAAGGAGAGUCAUGCCAAGAUAUCGAUGAGUGCCUCAAUAGAAGCCAUGCUUGUGACGUGACUGCGAGUUGUACAAACACUGACGGCUCCUACAACUGCGCCUGUAAGGAAGGAUACACUGGGGACGGACAGUCAUGCCACGAUGUCAAUGAGUGUAGCAAUGGCAGCCAUGUUUGCCAUGUUAAUUCGAACUGUAACAACACAAAUGGUUCUCAUAUUUGUACUUGCAAGGAAGGAUACACUGGAGAUGGACAGUCAUGUCAAGAUAUCGAUGAAUGCAGCAAUGGAAGCCAUGAUUGUGACGUGAAUGCGAAUUGUACAAAUACUAAUGGCUCCCAUAGCUGCACCUGUGAGGAAGGAUACACUAGAAAAGGAGAGUCAUGUCAAGGCAUCGACGACUGCAGCACUGGAAGCUAUGUAUGUGACAUAAAUGCGAACUGUACUAACACUGACGACUCUUAUAUCUGCGCCUGUAAGGAAGGAUACACUGGAGACGGGCAUUCAUGCCAAGAUGUCAAUGAGUGUGGCAAUGGCAACCAUGUUUGCCACGUUAAUUCGAACUGUAACAACACAAAUGGUUCUCAUAUUUGUACUUGCAAGGAAGGAUACACUGGAGAUGGACAGUCAUGUCGAGAUAUCGAUGAGUGCCUUAGUGGCAGCCAUGCUUGUGACGUGAUUGCAAAUUGUACCAACACUGACGGCUCUCACAACUGCACUUGUAAGGAAGGAUACACUGGGGACGGACAGUCAUGCCAAGAUAUCGACGAAUGCAACAAUGGAAGCCAUGAUUGUGACGUAAAUGCGAAUUGUACAAACACUAAUGGUUCCCAUAGCUGCACCUGUAAGGAAGGAUACACUGGAAAAGGAGAGUCGUGCCAAGACAUUGAUGAGUGCAGUGAGGAUUUUGUCGUCAAGAUGAACGACUGCCAUCUGAAUGCCUCUUGCGUUAAUACCCAGGGCUCAUACAACUGCUCUUGCAAUCCUACCUAUAUUGGGAAUGGUUCUAUAUGUGAAGCCGAUCCAUGUUAUAAUUACCGCAACCUAAGUGAAGCUAACAGAAAAAGAAGUUACAGCACGCCGGAUGGUUCAGAGUUAUGUGACAACUCACUCCCUGAGGGAUGGUAUCGUUUUGUGGGAGCUGCAGGAACAAAAAUGCCAACAACGCGUGUGCCAGCAUACAGAUGUGGUACAGUCUGGUCAGGCUGGUUGAAUGGUGCUCAUCCUACAGUGGAUGAUGAUGAAGUUUCAAGAAAGGUCUGCUAUAGCUCCAGCUGCAAACAUUCAAGCACAAUUUCAGUUAAAAAUUGUGGAUCAUUUUUUAUUUACAAACUUGCUCAGCCCCCUAUUUGUUCUUCCCGCUACUGUGGCACGGACUAA